AUGUACACAGUAUACGACAGUAGCGAGAGACAGGUGUGGGCAGACACCACGCUAGCCAAGGGGGGCGGGCUGGCGUGCCGGAUAGACGGCGCCGCACCUGGCACAUUGACGCUCGAUGCUACUGUGUACGCGGGCAAGAAGAGCGUCCUUCUUACGCUGCAGAAAGCAAAGAUGGAGGUCGACGACGGUCGAGAUGGAGGUUACAAAGCCCGGGUCGAGGGAAGGCCCAGGAUGGACAUCCGCCGUAAGCCGGGCGGGCAGCAGCACCCACGCCAACCCUAG